UACCCAAGGAUAUAACUCACUCACAAAGCCAUCAUGGAUUAUCAGAAUCGCGCUGGUUCCAAAUUCGGUGGCGGUGGUGUCGCAUCGCAAUCUGCAACAAACGCGGACCGUCGAGAACGUCUUCGAAAGCUUGCGCUCGAAACAAUCGAUCUCGCCAAAGACCCUUACUUCUUCAAGAAUCAUCUCGGCAGCUUUGAGUGUCGAUUAUGUUUAACCGUUCACCAAAAUGACGGCUCCUAUCUCGCUCAUACCCAAGGUCGCAAGCAUCAGACCAACCUCGCCCGACGAGCGGCUCGUGAACAGAAAGAAGGCAAAGCUCAAGAUGGGGUUUUACCGGGUGCAAUGGGAGUGCAAGUUAAGAAAAAUGUCGUCAAGAUUGGUCGACCAGGUUAUAAAAUUACCAAGACACGCGACCCCCUAACGAGGCAGUUGGGUCUUCUUUUCCAAUUACAGUACCAAGAGAUCACCCCCGGUGUUGUGCCGCGUGUUCGAUUCAUGUCGGCCUUUGAGCAAAAGGUCGAUGAUCCGCCAGACAAGAAUUUUCAGUAUCUUCUAGUUGCUGCCGAGCCAUAUCAGACUUGUGGCUUUAAGCUUCAGGCUCGAGAUAUUGAUCGAAGGGAAGGGAGAUAUUGGACUUGGUUUGAUGAGGAUAGCAAGGAGUUUUGGAUACAGAUUAUGUUUAAGACUGAGCGUGAAGAGAGAUAUAGCGGAGUUCCUGGUUUGGCGCCUCGGCCUUAGUGUUAUUUGUGUUGGGAAAAGUUCGUUUCUCUUUCUCAUACUGAACGGCGUUCAGGGUGGUUUUGUCAUGAUAUAAAAUUCUAUGGUUAGAUGUGGUCAUUUUACUGGUCUCAUUUGAUUUUUUG